AUGACAGCACUUACAUCAGACUCACUAAAAGAUAUAAUACAAAAGAGGUUAGAAGCUGAUCUUGUACAAGUUGAAGAUAUGUCAGGGGGUUGUGGACAAGCAUUUGCAGUUAUUAUAGUUACAUCUAAAUUUCAAGGUAAGAAUAAAUUAGCAAGACAUAGAUUAGUUAAUAAUGAACUACGAGAUGAAAUUGCUGCAAUACAUGCUUUUACUCAAAAGGGAUAUACACCUCAAGAAUGGUCGGAUUUAGGUGGUAAAAUAUAG